CAGGAGCUGUGAGCUGAGGUGGACUUCUUCCCUUUAGUCAGUGUGAAAGCAGCAGUACAGUUCAGCCGCUGGACCCCCGGAGCAACGCGAAACCUACCUGAUACACCCUCAGACAUCACGAUGCUUCGGAUAGCCGCCUUCCUCGCUCUGCUGGUGGUCGCCUGCUCGGGAGAGAGCUGCACAGACCCAGCCAUCACUCCGUCGGCCUACACCACCUCUGACGCCGUCAUCUCCUCUGAGUCUGUCUUCAUCGUGGAACUCAGCCUGGCCUGUGCCAACGGAGCACAGAGUGUGACUCUGUAUGCUGAUGUCAAUGGAAGACAGUUCCCUGUGACUAGAGGCCAGGAUGUUGGCAAAUACCAGGUGUCCUGGAGUCUUCCUCACAAACAGGCCAGCUCUGGAACAUAUCAGGUCAAAUUCUUUGACGAGGAGUCCUACAGUGCCCUGCGCAAGGCCCAGAGAAACAAUGAAGACGUUAAUGCCAUUGAGCCUCUCUUCUCUGUCAACAUCGACCACAGGGGUGCAUGGAGCGGCCCAUGGGUGUCUACUGAAGUGGUGGCCGCCCUCAUUGGUAUCCUGGUCUACUACAUGGCCUUCAGUGCUAAGAGCACCAUCCAAGCAUAAACAGAUUCACAAUCACUAUUUAACAACUGGAUCAUUAAAGACUGUAUUCUGGUGGUGCUUCACCAACGAUCCAUCAUCCAGUGUGCGGGCAAGCCAGUAGGAUUUUGCCACGUUGUCUGCUUUGGGCCGAGGAGCAAGAGUAGCGGUCUUUUUUUUAAUUUUAUUUUAUUCAGACUGUGUCUGUCUGCCAUCAGUCUUAUCAAUUUACAGAUGAUUUCAUCAUGAGUUUGUCUUGUAAAUAUAGACGGAAUUUUGUAAUUUUUUGAUAAAACCCAACAAUAAACCUGGACCACAUAAAUGAACAAAAAUGUUGACCCUGUACUGUUUUCAGUCUAACUUAAAAGAUGUUGCUACAGCCAGACCAGAUUACCCCUCUGUGUGGGAGCAGGCUGGGGCUUACAGACUACAGAUGUGCUGACCACCAACAGAGCGGCUCAGACCUCUAUGCAUCUGAAAUGUCAAUCAUGUGACUGCACUGGCUGGCCUGAACAGGCCUAGUGUAUUUGUCUCUUCCAGUAAAAUGAAUAAAUGGCUUGUUUUUCUUCUA